GUGGCGCACGGGCUUAAUUGCUCCACGGCAUGUGGGAUCUUCCCGGACCACGGCUUGAACCCGUGUCCCCUGCAUUGGCAGGCAGAUUCUUAACCACUGCACCACCAAGGAAGUCCAUGCCUUAUUUUUAGACUUGUGUCUGCGAUAUUGGAGAGGAGCUGGAUCUAGAAGUCAACCUGUCUGUGUCCUCACUUCUGCCCUCCUUGGAGUGAUGCUGACUGAGCCAUUGAGCUCUGAACUUGGCCCCUAGUCUCCCCAGUGGAUGUGCCACUGGGCAGAUGUGAAUGGUGUGCCUGCCUGUGCUGGCUCCUUUUCGGGCACUGGGGUCAGCGGUUCUCAAGGAGGACAGACCUGUCAGCUGGCGGACUGAGGCCUGACUGCUGGGCCCUCUGUCCCACAGCAUAGCGUCAGCGCCCUGAGAUAGGACGGCAUCCUGAUGUGCUGUACCCAUCAGGAUGGAAGGUGCCCAUGGACACAACUGUCCUUGUGACCGAGCUUUCAGGCACGGCUGCAUCUACCAACCACGGCUGGUGGAGGAGGGGGCCCUGCCCUUUCCUUCCCCUCUUGGAAGCUUGAAUUUUACUGUCCAUGAUGCCAUCAUCGCUUAGAACAUUUGAAAUUUCCUGCAGAGGACUUUCUUUUGGAGUCCUCAGGGACCAAAGAACUUUUUCCAUUAUGGGCGGGUUUGACUUUUGGAAACAGUCUAAGGUCAUUGGGGCCUGAGCUGAGUGAUCAAGACCAGGUAUGACUCAUCUAAGUCAUGAGGUUUCCUCAAGUGGCAUUGGAGGCCCUUCCAAAGAAGGAGUUUUGGAAGGGCUCUGGGCAGCGGUGGGAGUGUCCCAGUUAGCAGGACAGUCAGUGGCACUUGGAGGCAGCAGUGCCCUGGUGGGAGUUGUGGUCGCUGGGCUGGGUCUGUGGGUGGCUUCCCAGCCUGUCCACACUCAGAGCCCUUGCUGUGACUCGGGCUUGUUCAGGCUUUGAGCCCCCUGUCCACAAGGAGGGCACCUCCAGAUGGGAGUUUUUAUACCAGCCCUGUCUCUGGAAGGAAGGAAACUUGACGUCUGGACUCUCCAGCUCUGGGCUCCAUCCAGAGCUGCUGCCAGGAACUUGGGCAGCCUUUGCUGCCUAGUGUGGUUCAGGGACAGCUGGGGCUCACGCCAGCCUCAGGGCUCUGCUGCCCACGUCCGACUCUCUGUGACUGAAGAAAGGCCCUUAUGUGCUCAUCAGCUUUGAGGGCUUCCUUUGGGCUGGUUUCCCGUCUCCUUUUUCUGAAGAUCUCUGUGUUCAUUAUUGACUUGUCAAAGGUAGAAUUGAUUCAAUGGUAAUAGUGAUUUUUAUUUUCAAAAAAGAAGUAUAAGAUGACGGGAGCUGAGUUUGUUUAAUGUUUAUUAUGUCUGCAAGCUGUAGACUGUGGACUUAAGGUUUUUCACUGUUGGUUAGCAGUCACAGGAUUAGAAGCCACUGGAGGAGAAACAAUGAUUUAUUGAUUUAUUCAUUCAUUUAACAAAUAGAUUUUGCCAGAACCAUCCUGGGCCCUGGGGUUAGGGCUGAGCAGGGGCCCCACCUGCCCUGGGAGUGAACUGGCCCUUGUGGGGGCACAGUGGACCCCCAAACAUUACAGGCUUUGGCUGUAGCAUCCUAGGGACAUCACCUGCAUGACACAGGGAGGCAGGGUGGAUGGGGCUGAUCUUUUAAUAGGCAGGUCAGGAAGGGCACCCUGAGAAGAGGACUUGUGAGCCCGCCUUCAGUUGGCAUCAGAGUUCAAGUUCAAGGGGGCUGAGAUAGCGGCAGUGUAGGCCUCCCAGGCCCUCGUGAGGAUGGCCUUUGCUCCAGGAGCUGCAACAGGAGUUUGAAUCUGAAAUGCAAAAGCGGGAGCACGCGUUCCGCCUGCAGGCUGACAGCAUGAGCAGUGUGGUCCUAGCACACGAGCUCAAGAUUAAACUGCUGAACAAAGAGCUCAUGGCCCUGAGAGAGGCCGGGGUGAAGGCUGCGGAGUCCCUGCAGGGCGCCGAGGCGGUGAAUGCAGAGCUGGAGGAUAGGCUGCGGCACAGAGACUGGGAGCUCAGGGACCUGGCUGCCGUGAAGGACGCCCGGAUAAAAGACUUAGAGGGUAGACUUCACUCUGUGCAGCUCACCAGGAAAAAAGAAGAGGAGACGUUUAGGAGGAAGCAUGAGGAGCUGGACCGUCUGGCCAGGGAGAGGGACAUGGUGCUGAUGGCAGCGAAGAGCGCCCAUGCAGAACAGCUGCAGGCGGUAGAGGCCAGGGCCCUGGAGCUGCAGGUGCACUGCGAGAACCUCAAGGUGCAGCUCCGCAGGGCUGAGUGGAGGCAGGCGGACACCACCAAGGAUAAGGACGCCGCCAUUGACAAACUUAGGGAAGAUGCAUCAGCUCUAAAAUCCGGCUGGGAUGCCCAAAUUGCUCAACUUUCCAAGGAGAUGAUCUCUAAAGACCUUCAGGUUCAUUCGCUGCAGGAAGAAGAGAUGAAGCUGAAGGCACAGCUGGCCAGAUGCCAGCAGGACAUUGGAAGGUACAAACAGCAGCUGUCUCUGGCAGUAGAGAGGGAGCAGAGCCUGGAGCGUGACAAGGUGCAGUUGGAGCUGGACUGGCAGCGCCGCUGUGAGGGUGUCGAGCGCGCGCAGUACCAGCAGGCUGAGGACUUGAUUCAGGGCCUAACCACGGCCAGAGACCAGGUUGCUGCCAAGCUGCAGGAGACAGAGCGGGUGCUGUGUAGCCAGGAGGUGGUGCUGAAGGCUGUGACUCGAGAGAGAGACCAGGCUGUGCAGGCGCUGCGGACACGCGGGCUCCACCCUGAGGAGGAGGCACAGAUGCUUGUAAGGCAUCAAGAAGAAGAAAUAAGUAAAAGUUUUCCAUCUACUGUGAUCCAGCAGCUACAAGAGCAGAACACAAGCUUGCGGAAUGUUAUUGCACAAAUGAGGAAAGAAAUGGAAAGUCUAAGUGAUCGGAUUCUUCCUUCUGCCCAGUUAGGAGGGGAGACCUCACAAACAAACCAGCCUGACCCAAAGGCAGCCGCUGAUUCAGCUGUACCUGAUUAUGUUCUGGCCCUUGAAGCAGAAAUGCGAACUCUAAAGCAUAAAUUUAAAACAUUGGAGGAACAACUAGAAGAUGUGUUAGAUCCUUCGAAGACGACCUCGUCCUGUGCUGGCAUUCAACCCAGUGUCCUGGCCUCCACAGACACCACCGGAGGAGCUGUGCCGGUCGAUGAUCCAUCCACAGGACUGGCGUUCAGGAGGCUUGGAGACAGGGCACAUCUCCUGAGCUUGCUGGUGGCACAGAUCAGACAGAAGGUGCUGCGGGAACCCCUGGACAUGGACGCCAUCCAGCAAGACCUUCCCCACAAGCUGGACCAGGUGCACCUGGAGGUUUUGCAGCUGUGGAAGCAGGUGACUGAGAUUGAGAAGCAUCUCAGGUCAGCCCGGAAGGAAGGCAGGGGUGCUUCAGGCAGGCAGCAACCGCACACCUCAGACCCCAAGGCUGUCGGGGGAGAGGGCCCGGCACACGGAGGACCCACAGGGACCGAGGACGAGGCGGCACAGCCCUCUCAGGCCCUGUCUGUGCCCCGACUCCAGAGGAAGCUCAAGGAGGCAGCCAGGAAAAUCCUGCGGCUGCGCCUGGAGAAGGAACAGCUCCUGGAGCUGGGGAACCGGCUGCGUGCAGAGCUGGGCCACCUCACUGGGAAGCUGCCUCAUCACCCCCUUCCUACCCCUGAGGCCCAGGGCUCAGGUGAGGCACCUGAUGCAUGCUUGGGACCGUUGCAACCCCGUCUCACAACUCAGGACUCUAAGAAUGCCAAGAAAGCAUGUUUCUCCGAACGCUCAGGAAAGAGCCAAGCCCGCCUGGCACAGACAGUCUGCAGGAGGGAUGCUGAGCCAGGCUGCACAGCGGGGCCGGGGCUGAGGCAACACAGAAUCUCCACAGUGACUUGCAGAUCAGCUCCUCAGAAAGAAAACCAGUCCCCAAAGCCACGCCUGGCUCAAGAAUUCCAGGAGGAAAAUGGCCGCCACACCCAAAGGUCCUCAUCACUUGCCAGCAGUUCCCUCCAGGACACAUGGAAGUUACUGGACCUGGGAUCCAGCCCUUCUGGCCUCACUUCGCAGGACGACUCGCCUCCAGAGCACCCAGCACCUCCAGCAGCCUACAGCCUCCAACACCCCGAGGGGAGCCCUGUGGCGCCAUGGGCAGCCUUUGCCGUUGAAGGGAUGAAGAUGGAAGCCCAAGCAAGGGGCAAGCCUGCCAGACCCCCCAGGGCUCAUCCUGCAAAACCUAAAGGCUGCCAGCGGCCCCCCAAGAUUCGUAACUACAACUCCAAGGACUGACCUCCUUGAACCGCCCCUCCCCCUUCCUCCUCCCCCUCC